AUGGGUUGGGACUACGUGUCGGGUGCGGCGGAGUUUGGGGAAGGCGUGGCGGCGAGUUUGAGCACAAUUCCCGCGCCGGAGGUUCGAGAGACGGCGAAGCCGGCGGCGGCGGCUCCGGCGGCGGAGGAGUCGUUUUGUUCGCCGCCAGAGUUGAAGUUGAUGUUGGAACGGGAGGUUGCGUGCGGGCAGAAAGGUUGGUUGUUAGGUCGGAGUGUCAUGUUACUCAAGGAGAGGCUGUUACUGUGCUAUCGACAGCAGUAUUUAAAGCACAGUUUGCAUCCAUCGGUGUUAACUUACAACCAGGCCUCGUUGCAUUUCCAGUUGAGUCAGGCCUUCCAUGCCAAACGGUGGGACGGUGUGCAGGCCUUAACCACCGCUGGCUACCGAAUCCAGGAGGACACAUUCGCACGGAAGUCUGACUCGGGCACCACUGCAUCCGCCUUGCGACAAUCGGAGACGUUUCUGGCGGGCAUCUGGGCGGACGACGAGGUAGCGUUACGGAUAGUGUUGAGCUCGUUGGCGCUGGACGAUGUGUUGGCACACGCUUUUUGCAAGUUGAACAUAGCGCGUUUCAUUCAGGCCCCGAAUCCGCCAAAGGAGACGUGUGCGGCAAUUAUGGCGGCGAUUGUGGGCGACCUAUCGGGUACGUACGAGACUUUGGAGAACGCGUUAAAUGCCAAGAAAGUGCUCAAGCGACAUCAGCGCACAAUUGUGCGCGGCGCACUAGUCUUCUUAUCUGAAACACUGACUCUCUUGGUUCAGUUCAUCGUCGACUGUGCCAAAGCAGUGCUCAUGCCUCAUGGAAAUGACGUCGAGGAAACCCGGUUGGAGCAACUUGCACGAAUGCUAACCUUCGGUGUCUCGCAUGUCGACAGUGUACUCGUCAACAUGAUCCGGACCGGACAUACCCGCGAGGUCCGUCUCGUUCUAGAACUCGUAGUGAAUCGCUCCGGAACACUCAGCCAAAAAGAUCGCCAACGACUCCUUCAGGUGCUCCUCGGCUCAUCAGACCCCCUACUCACCCGACUCACUAAAGAAGGACUUACAACCUCCGCACUCGAAGAAGGCAUGAAGGAAACCAUUCAAGCCCGCAAAGUUCUCGCCCAACUCUUCAGACCAGUCAUCGACAAAAUCAGCAAAGAUGCACUCGGUGACCUACUCUUCGAUUACAAUUUCGCCAACGCCAUACCCAACGGAACAUAUACAUCCAACCAAACAAGCCCCUACGCGGAAGCCUUUCUACCACAUGCUGGAACACAAGCUCUCAUGAAACAACCAAAACCACCCACCACCAUGAACCGCCGAACUGAUCAUGACAAACUGGCAGGUAACCGUCCCUUUGUCUCCGGAGUUGUUUCCCCCCUGCCCCCCCCC